CCCUCCCUCUUGUUUGCUAAUCAUUUCAUUUUACUCCUUUUUGAAGCGGUGGCUUGUUUUUUAUCCCACUUUUCAUUUUUCCACAAUCCGCGGCUGCUCGCCUCCCUCUGAUCCCCGGCUCUCCACGCUCCGUUCUCCCGGCGUCAAGCUCUCCGGAUCCCGGCUGAUGCUCGCCUCUCUCUCCGCCGGCUCCUCUGAGAUGCUCUCCCCGCUCCGCGCGCCUCUCUCCGCCCUCUUUUAACUUCACAGAGACGCCGGUUUGAAGCCCGGACCGCUGCGAGUCGGGGCUGGGAUCUAAAACAACCCCGGAGAAACCCAGAGGGAUCCCGGGCUCUUCUUUGGAUCAGGACCCGGUACUUUGGGGAAGCUCGCUCGUGUGUCCUCCUCCACCCCCCUCCUCCUCCUCCUCCUCCCCUCCUUCCUGCAUCGCUCCUCUUUUCUCCACCUUAAUCCAGGUGGUCCUUUGGCAUUUUUGAGUGGCUGGUACAGGGAGGAUUAUUCUUCUUCUUUCUUGUUUCUGGUGAAGACAAAGUUCCCAGAAGGACACUUUGAUGUUCUCCAUCCAGGACAGCCUCCCCCGGGGGGCCCUGACCAUGAAGGAGGAGCCGCUCCCCACCGGCAUGACCCCGGUCCGCUCCUGGAUGCAGGGCGCAGGGAUUUUGGACGCCAACACAGCGGCCCAGAGUGGUGUGGGUUUAGCCCGAGCUCACUUUGAGAAGCAGCCUCCGUCCAACCUGAGGAAGUCCAACUUCUUCCACUUUGUGCUGGCGCUGUACGACAGACAGGGACAGCCGGUCGAGAUCGAGAGGACUUCUUACGUCGACUUUGUGGAGAAAGACAAGGAGUACAACGGAGAGAAGACCAACAACGGGAUCCACUACAGGCUACAGCUCCUCUACAGCAACGGCAUCAGGACAGAACAGGAUCUUUAUGUUCGGCUGAUAGACUCAAUGACCAAACAGCCGAUCCUGUACGAAGGUCAGGACAAGAACCCAGAGAUGUGCCGCGUCCUGCUCACCCACGAGAUCAUGUGCAGUCGGUGUUGUGACAAGAAGAGCUGCGGGAAUCGCAACGAGACGCCGUCCGACCCCGUCAUCAUCGACAGAUUCUUCCUCAAGUUCUUCCUCAAGUGCAAUCAGAACUGUUUGAAAAAUGCAGGAAACCCUCGAGACAUGAGGAGGUUCCAGGUGGUGGUUUCCACUACAGUCAAUGUGGACGGCCACGUGCUGGCCGUGUCAGACAACAUGUUCGUCCACAACAACUCCAAACAUGGCCGCCGCGCCCGACGCCUGGACCCCUCUGAAGCAGCCACGCCCUGCAUCAAAGCCAUCAGCCCGAGCGAGGGCUGGACGACCGGCGGGGCCACCGUCAUCCUCAUCGGGGACAACUUCUUCGACGGCCUGCAGGUGGUCUUCGGCACUAUGCUGGUCUGGAGUGAGCUGAUCACCCCUCACGCCAUCCGGGUCCAGACUCCCCCUCGUCACAUCCCCGGGGUCGUGGAGGUCACGCUGUCCUACAAAUCCAAACAGUUCUGCAAAGGAGCGCCGGGACGCUUCGUCUACACCGCCUUGAACGAGCCCACCAUCGACUACGGCUUCCAGAGGCUACAGAAGGUCAUCCCUCGCCACCCCGGGGACCCCGAGAGGUUACCUAAGGAGGUGCUGUUGAAGCGAGCAGCCGACCUGGUGGAGGCUCUUUACGGGAUGCCACACAACAACCAGGAGAUCAUCCUGAAGCGAGCGGCCGACCUCACCGAGGCGCUCUACAGCGUCCCUCGCAGUCACAACCAGCUGCCGUCUCUCACCGGCUCGGCCGCUCACUCGGGGAUGAUGGGAGUGAACUCGUUCAGCAGUCAGCUCGCCGUCAACAUCUCUGAGGCCUCGCAGGCCGACCAAGGUUAUUCCCGUAACUCGAACAGCGUGUCUCCUCGCGGCUACGUGCCGAGCUCCACGCCUCAGCAGUCCAACUACAACACCAUCACGUCCACCAUGAACGGAUACGGAGCGGGGAUGACCAACCUGGGCGUACCUGGAUCCCCCAGCUUCCUCAACGGCUCCACCAACUCUGCUUACGCAACCAUGGCAGGUCUCAUCGUCCCGCCCAUGUGAGGAGGACUCUCACCCAGAUACCGUCAGACCCCCCCGACCCCCCCUGAGCGCCGAUGGCCCCGCCCACCCGAAACGCCACAACAACAGCAAAAAAUCAUCCCGCAGGCCCCCAAAAGCUGGGACUCUUUGUCGAUUCAUUCAACGCCAUCGUGUUCGACGUGGAACU